GUUGAACCAGUGAAUGAUAAAUCAUCAAUUAAGCUUGGCUUAUUGGACUUUGAUUCUAUAAGAUCAAUUCAUUUGUUGAUUGCAUUAAUAGGCUCUUCAGAUUGUUGUUUUAAUGCAAACCCAUUGAUCAAAUAACUAUUCAACAAUUGAGCUGUAUCACUUAAAGAUUUUUCAAAUUUAUUAGAGAUGAUUGCUGAUGGUAUAAUUUAUCAUAAUAUUUACCAAGCUUUUGUGAAAGACAUGGCCAAGGCAAAAAAGAUGCAAUUUGAGGUUGAAAACGGAGAGAGAAAAAGCAAGACAAAAGGAUGUAAAAAAAGUGCUUCAAAUACAGUGAAGUGAAAAAAACGAGAUCAAAGGAGAUGGUAUAGAGUAUAGCCUUGCAAAAUGGUAUUUGGAUGAAAUGAAAAAAAAUGAAGGAUAAAACUGAUGAGCAGAUAACUUGGAGAUGAACUGUUAAAUCAAAAGCUAGUAUUGCACAAAAGAUGCUUGUGGGACACAAAAGAGAAAUAAGAAGGCGAUGUAAAAAGAAGCAGAAAAUGAAGGAGAGGGAGGAAAGAAAAGAGGAUGAGGAGCAAACGAAACAAUAAGGGAGGACAAAAGAUAUACAAAGAUAAAAAUUUUGAUCGGAUAGAUUUGAUUUUAGAUCCAAGAGCGGGGGUGAAGUUGAUGUUCGGGACCUUAACGAGAUGCAUUGAAAAGGAGAAGGGAGAACAGCAAAAAAUGGUUGGAAAAAUAAGUUUCGGAGGAAAAGCAAAGAUUAUUAUUGAAGAGAUGAGGAGACGGUGAUGAAGGCAAACCUCGAUAAAGCAGGCAAGAAAGAUAUAUCAGAAGACCAAAAGCAAAGGCUAAAGGCUAAGGCAAGGCAAAGAAAUGGAUGGAAAGAAAAAGGAAGAAGUAAGAGUGAAUGGUUGAAGCUCGGGUAAACGCGUGCUGUUAAAAAGCUACACACAUUAAUUUAAAGGCAGUUUUUAAGCCAAUAAUAACUGAAUCCCGCAAGAAGAAAUAAUGUUUCCAUCAUCAUCCAAUGCCAUCCACUGUUGUCAUUCACUUUCAUCGCUAACCAUUUUCAUCUUGUUUUUACAUCAUCUUGGAGAGUCACUAUUUACAUUUAAUAAUUGUAAAGGGUGGAUCGACAACAAUCAUCUUAUGAGGAUGAAAAAUUUAAGCAACAUUCAACACUGGAUUGGGAAUUGAAAGACCAAAAGAGAGUAAAGGCAAAGGAUGAAGAGGAUGAAGAGGAGGGAGGUGGAGGUGGAGAAAGGAUGGUUGAAGGAUUGGUUGGAAGAUUCUGGUGUAACAUUAUGUAGAAGCGAAGAUAAUGGAGUAAUAAAGGUGAUGAAGGUUGGUGGCAUUUUAAUGACAAUCAAAGAUUUCCAUGUUAAUUAUGAGCUUGCAUCAAGGUGACAUCCUUUGGUUAACAAUCAAGUUUGUAUACAAAUCAAUUGGUGGAUUAACCUGGUUUUUGACGUUAAUUUGAUCCAUUCAAAAUGGGCUUCUUGGUUAAAGUGAAAAGAUUUUGUCUGGACAAUAUUUUACCAGCAACAACGAUGAUUAGUGUAGUUACUUCUGUCGUGGUGGGAAUCCUUUUGCGGAAUGGAUCGACUAGUUGGACUGAACGUCAAUUGAUGUACAUUGAGUUUCCUGGAACCAUUUUUUUGCGUUGUUUGAAAUGUCUCAUAAUUCCAAUCAUGGUGACUAGUUUGAUAUCAUCCUUAGCUAACCUGGAUAGUUCAAUUUUUGGUAAAAUUGGUCGACGUGCAGUUACUUUUUACUUAACGACAACUUUUCUUUCCAUUGUACUUGGAAUUGUUCUUGUCAUGAUUAUCAAACCUGGAAAAUCCGACAUUCAUGCAGCAUCUUCAUCUGUAACUGAGUCGCCACUCAAUACUCAAAUGACUACAGUUGAUACCGUUUUGGAUUUGAUAAGAAACAUAUUUCCUUCAAAUCCAGUUGAAGCUACAAUUUUCAGUACUCGAACUGUCUUGACUCAACAAAGUGAUUCAAAUAAUACUGAUCUGUACAGUUGGGAUUUCAAGGAAACACUCGAACAAAAUACAAAUAUAAUGGGAAUCGUUUUAAUUUCAUUGGUUGUUGGUAUUGUCAUAGCUAAACUUGGUGAAGCAACUGAGCCACUUAGAGUAUUUUUCACCGCAUGCAACCAGGUUACGAUGGUUAUCACAACUUUAAUCAUCAAAGCAACUCCAAUCGGCGUUUUUUUCCUAAUUUUACCCAGAGUUCUAUCUGUCCAAUCAAUUCAACUUUUGCUCGAAACUGUUGGUUGGUACACAUUUACAGUGCUCUUUGGGAUCGCCCUUCACGCAUCAUUGUUGCUUCCAUCAAUUUAUUUCCUCUUGACUCGGAAAAAUCCUUACUCACUGAUCAUGCAUCUUUCAGCAGCCCUACUAACAGGUUUUGGUACAUCUUCAAGUACAGCAACACUUCCAUUGACGAUGCAAUGUUUGGAAGAAAAGGCUGGAAUCGAUUCCCGAAUAACUCGAUCGCUUCUUCCAAUAGGAUCAGUAAUCAACAUGGACGGAACUGCUUUAUACGAAGCUGUUGCUGCGCUUUUCAUUGCUCAACUACGGAAUGUCGAUUUGACUUUGAUUAAAAUAAUUAUCACAAGUGUAACUGCCACAGCUGCUUCCAUAGGAGCUGCAGGAAUACCACAGGCUGGACUUGUAACAAUGGUCAUCGUUCUGAAUGCUCUCGGCCUGCCUGCUUCUGAUAUUUCAUUGAUUUACAUUGUGGACUGGUUUUUAGACCGAUUUCGAACAGUGUUGAAUAUUAUGGGCGAUUCUUUCGGUGCAGCCAUAAUUGCUCAUAUAAGUGAAGAUGAUUUGAAAAAAGUUGACGAAAGAAAUAAAGAAAAUUUCAAUUCUGUUUAUUUCAUUGCUGAGCAACAACUUUCAUCAACACCAACAGUGACGAUAACAAAUAUCAAAAGCAAGAAUCCAAAUUCAAAUUAGCACACAAAUAAUCCUACCGAUAGUUUAAUCUUUUCAAAUAUUUUAUAAUUGUUAUAAUUUUCAGUAUUCACAUCUACUUCAGCCUAAUCAAUUGUAAAAAUUCGUAUUCUUCAGUCUCUUUUUAUAACCAUUUGAGGAUUCACUUGAAAUUUGAAAUAGUCUAACAUUGUAAGUCAAGAUUCAAGCCAGUCAAGGCAUACAAUUGUUUUCAAUCUCAGUGCUUAAAAUUUAUAAAUAUUUGAUUACAAUCAAUCAUUUCUAUGAAUAAAAAAAUUGAUUGAAAAUUCUCGACUUACAAUGGUUAGACAAUUGAAUCUCAACUGAAAGAUUCACCUUUUGCCAUUUAUCUUUUUAUAGCCCUAAUGCGAGUAAAAACAAAUUAACGUAAUUAAUAUUAUGUUUAGACAAUAAAAACAUUAUUAUGUUAAA